AUGAUCAACAUCGCAUUGGCACUCGUAGCUCUGGCUGUCUUGCCUCGGACAGCCCAGGCUCUGUAUGAGAAUGGCUCUGUCAUUGCUCCGUGCGACUCACCCAUCUAUUGCCAUGGUGAGAUACUAAAGGAAAUCGAGUUGGCGAGGCCUUUCUCCGAUUCAAAGACGUUUGUAGACAUGCCUGCCAUCAAAUCCCUUGAAGACAUCCAGGUUGCUUUCAACAACCUAUCGAAGCCACUCAGUAACAACACGGAGCUCAACGACUUCCUACGCGCCAACUUUGCUCAAGCGGGUAACGAGCUCAAAGCAGUCCCCAAGGACCAACUGAGGACAGACCCGAAGUUUCUCGAGAAGAUCAACGACACCGUGAUCAGGGAGUUUUCACAGAAGGUCAUCGACAUUUGGCCGGACCUUACCCGCACCUACGUAGGGUCUGGCGGUAACACCUCGUUCCCUAAUAGCUUCAUCCCGGUGAACCGAACAUUCGUCGUCGCUGGUGGGCGAUUUCGAGAGCCAUACUACUGGGACAGUUACUGGAUUCUCGAGGGCCUCUUGCGGACCGGUGGUGCCUUCACCGAAAUCUCCAAGAACACCGUUGAAAAUUUUCUCGAUUUUGUGGAAAGAUUCGGCAUUGUGCCCAAUGGAGCCCGAGUCUACUACCUUAAUCGCUCACAGCCGCCGUUGUUAGCGCAAAUGGUGCGUCUCUACGUUGAGUAUACCAACGAUAGGAGCAUUCUUGAGCGGGCAAUCCCGCUGUUAAUCAAAGAGCACGAGUUCUGGACCACCAACCGCACCAUUGAAGUCGAAAAGAAUGGAACCACAUAUCGUCUAAACCAAUACAACGUAACCAACACGCAACCCCGUCCGGAAUCGUACAGAGAAGACUACAUCACUGCUUCUAACAGCUCAUAUUACUCUGCAAACGGCAUCAUAUACCCGGAAGUCGAGACAUUGAACGAGACCGAAAAGGCUCGUGUGUACGCCAACUUGGCUUCCGGCGCCGAGAGUGGCUGGGACUACACUUCUCGCUGGAUUGCCAGGCCCGAGGAUGCGACGAGGGAUGUCUACUUCCCUCUGAGAUCUUUGAACAUUCUCAACACCGUGCCGGUGGAGCUCAACGCCAUACUCUAUUGGAACGAGAUUACCAUUGCUGCUCUCUUGAAAUCCACAGACAACAGCACCGGAGCAGCCGCCUGGACCCAGCUCGCCAAUAACCGCAGUGAAGCAAUGUACGACCUGAUGUGGAAUUCGACUUUAGCAAGCUAUUUUGACUACAACGUCACCUCGGGAGCCCAGAACAUUUACAUCCCGAAGGACGACGACGCUAGCGAUGUCGAGACCAAAACUGCCGAAUCAGAGCAGCAAGUCCUCUUCUCAGUUUCUCAGUUCUAUCCCUUCUGGACGGGAGCGGCACCGGCCCAUCUCAAGAAUAACCCUUAUGCCGUAAAACAAGCGUUCGAGCGCGUGGAGAAGUAUCUGGACAUCAAGAAGGGCGGCAUCCCGGCCACGAAUCUCAAGACUGGGCAACAAUGGGAUCAACCCAAUGUCUGGCCACCGCUCAUGCACAUCCUGAUGGAAGGAUUACGCAAAACGCCUGCCACCUUCGGGGAAUCGGAUCCCGCGUGGUGCGAUGUUCAGAAGCUUGCACUCCGCCUCGGCCAGCGGUACCUAGACUCAACCUUUUGCACAUGGUAUGCGACGGGAGGCUCCACGAGCGAGACCCCCCAGCUGCAGGGCCUGUCAACCCAGAAUGUCGGUACCAUGUUCGAGAAGUAUGGCGACAACGCGACCAAUGUCGCCGGAAGUGGAGGAGAAUACGAGGUGGUGGAAGGUUUCGGCUGGACGAACGGCGUCCUCCUGUGGGCGGUCGAUGUGUUCGGAAACGACUUGAAGCGGCCAGAUUGCGGAAACAUAACGGCGGCCAACGUUCACCCUGGAAAGAGGAGCUUGCCUCAACGCGCGGUUGAGCUGAACCACUACGACGCCAGCUGGACCAAGAAGUUUGGCAGGCGCGCGGUAGAGGCGUAG